AUGCUCAUGGGCCCGAUUGAGAAGCCGUGGCUGUCGGAGAAAGACAGGAUGGAGUCGUUCUCGAACUGGAUCGUCUACUUCAUCGCGUUCCUGGGCAUCGCUGGGAGUGCUGUUCGCUGCUAUUUCGGGUACGUGCAGACGCCGUUGCUUGGGAAGGUCUGUCUCGUCCUGGAGGAUAACUUCGACACGUUCGACACCGAGAACGUCUGGCAGCGCGAGGUUAGCAUGAGCGGAUUUGGAAAUGGAGAGUUCGAGAUGACGACCGCGUCCGAGAACAACUCCUUCGUGCGCGAUGGACAGCUCUACAUCGUCCCGACGCUCACAUCGGACGUGAUCGGGUACAAUAAUAUCUUCGACGGGUACACGUAUAACCUCACUGGCUGUACGGACGCCAACUCUACCAGUUGCGGCACGGUCUCCAACGCGACGCUCAAGACUGUCAUCCCACCCGUCAUGAGCGCGCGCGUGCACACGCGACAGCCGUACUCCAUCCAGUACGGCCGCGUCGAGAUAACCGCGAAGCUCCCCCGCGGCGACUGGCUCUGGCCGGCGCUGUGGAUGCUCCCAGUAAAUGAGACGUACGGCGCGUGGCCGCGCUCGGGCGAGAUCGACAUCAUGGAGGCUCGCGGGAACAGCCCCAAAUAUCCAGCGCAGGGCAUCGACUACGUGCGCGGCUCCCUGAAUUGGGGCCCAUUCUCGUGGCUAAACGGGGUGAGCAAGACGUACGGGUGGUGGACGAACCGGCGCAAGACCUACGCAGACGCCUUCCACACGUAUGCGAUCGAGUGGAGCCCGCAGUUCCUGCGCAUCUACGUCGAUUCGCGCCUAACGUACAUGCUUAAUCUCAAGUUCGACGAGCCGUUCUUCGCGCGCGGCGCGUUCCCCGCAGUCGUCGCGAACGGCUCGCAGUUCAUCGAGACGCCAAAUCCGUGGAAGCACAGCGCGACGGCGAACGUCGCGCCGUUCGACCAGCCGUUCUACCUCAUCAUGAACGUCGCGGUCGGGGGCACGAAUGGGUGGUUCCCGGAUAACGCGGGGAACAAAUCGUGGUUCGAUGGUUCUUUGACGGCGAUGCGCGACUUUGCGAAGGCCCAAAACCAAUGGUACGCGACCUGGCCCGAGAGUGUUGAAGACAGGGCGUUGGUAAUAGACUCUGUGAAGAUGUGGCAACUGUGUUGA